GGCUGUAGUCGUCCUUCUGUAAUAGUCACACUUCGCGUCAACUUUCACUUGAGGUCCGUGCUUGCGUUAGCUUUAGCUUCUGAUUGCUUCCAAGACUUUCCACUUCUGUUCCACCCACCAACACGCGCACAAAUUUUGCACCUGUCGCACCAAACAUCGAGAUGGCGCGACGCAGUCGAGGUCAGCGUCGCCGCCACGCGGUGCAGCAGCGCAAGCAAUCUGAGCGCCGCCGCGCUGAGACCGACGAUACCCAACAAGCCUCCAGAUUGAUGGCUCUCCCGGCCGAGUUGCGGAACCGUAUCUGGACAUACGUUUUCGAAGGUUCUGUCCAAGAGUUGCGUGUCGAUGAGUUUUACACGCCAGGCAUGAAGGGCCUCUGGCGCGACCCCUCUGGCCCUCCGCCCACCACAAGAGUCAUGGCGGGGUCCUGGAGUUACUACACAAGCCCGCCGCCGCUACUGUCUACAGUAAGUCACCUUUCGAUGCGGAUACUGGUCUCAAAUCCACGCGCACGAUGCUGA